CUCAACUGGCAACCCCCCGGGCCCUCGGACGAUCCUCCAUCCUGGCACUUCGCUCCAUCCUGGUAACUCGCAAGUCCCCGGACCGAAAACAGGAAGUGGACGAUGAGUUCGGCACCAGAGGACGAGGAGGCGUCGGCGUUAGAAACCGUGAAGUCCGUCACUCUGACUCAGGGCAGCGAUGGGAGCAUCAUCCUGCACUGCCCCCCCCACGACGAGGACUUGGAACCCCUCCAGAAGAAUCUCCGCCUCUCCCCUGAGGACCAGGACGACUCGGACGCGCCUCGGUUCAACGUGGUCACCUUACCGAUGUCGGAGAGCGAUGAAGGCUUCGAGGUGACGAUGACGGCCACGGCAGACGGGGAUCUCUCAGAGGAAGGUGUCGCUCAGAUUCAGAUUCUGCAGGAGGACGAGGAUCAGAAGUCGGAGGUGUCGCCUGUCAGUCAAGCCUGGUUCACCACCAAGGAAGACAAAGACACGCUGGCCAACAAAGGUCACAAGUGGAAACAGGGCAUGUGGUCCAAAGAGGAGAUCGACCUCCUGAUGAGCAACAUCGAUCAAUACGUGAAGGGCCGAGGCAUCGCCGACCCGGCGGAGAUCAUCUUCGAGAUGUCCAAAGAGGAGAGGAAGGACUUCUACCGCUCCGUGGCGCUCGGCCUGAACCGGCCGCUGUUCGCCGUCUACAGACGAGUUCUACGGAUGUACGACAACCGCAACCACGUGGGGAAGUACACUCCCGACGAGAUAGAGAAGCUGAAAGCGCUGAGGGAGAAACACGGGAACGACUGGGCGACCAUCGGAGCGGCUCUGGGGCGAAGCGCCUCGUCCGUCAAAGACCGAUGCCGACUGAUGAAGGACACCUGCAACACAGGUAAAUGGAGCGAGGAGGAGGAGCGGCGCCUCGCCGAGGUCGUGUACGAGAUGGCGGGCGCGUCGCCGGGCUCGCCGGUCACGGGGGGCGUGUCCUGGGCCACGGUCGCCGAUCAGGUUCGCACGCGCUCAGAGAAGCAAUGUCGGUCGAAGUGGUUGAACUACCUGAACUGGAAACACAGCGGAGGAACGGAGUGGAUGAAGGAGGACGACCUCAACCUCAUACGCAGGAUAUCGGAGCUGGAGGUGGAGGACGAGAAUGAAAUCAAGUGGGAGGAGCUUGCGGGCGGGUGGAGCAGCGUCCGGUCGCCUCAGUGGCUGAGAUCCAAGUGGUGGAGCAUCAAGAGACAAGUAGCCAAUCACAAGGAGAUCCCCUUCAGCGUCCUCCUGAAGGGCCUCCAGGAGCUCAUGGCGUCUUCACAGACGGCAUCGGGGCCGGGGAGCCCCUCCUCUUCCUCCUCAUCUUCGCUCCAGAUCCGACUCACCCGAUUGGAGGAAACCGGCGUCGGUAGCCCCGCCCCCGGCUCCGUGGCGGCGCUGCAGAUUCCCGUGCAGAUCCCGCUGCAGAUCACACACCUGGAUUCUUCAGAGACAGAAACCAUCACGCUGAACACCGGAGCCCUGCAGACCUUUGAGAUCCUUCCUUCCUUCCACCUGCAGCCAACCGGCACCCCGGGGACCUACUACCUCCAGACGACGUCCAAUCAGGGCCUGCCGCUCAGCCUCUCCACCAAUCAGGGGAUCCCGCUCAGCUUGGCCAGUAACAGCACGGUCACCCUGACGACAGGCUCCUCCCCCUCGUCCCACGAGCACAUCAUCCUUCACAGCCUGUCGGCCGACGGCCUCUGCUCCGGCGACGGUGUCAUCAUCCAGACGGUCACAUCCGACCCCGCCUCCUCGGACCCUCUCGACCAAUCGCAGCUGGUCAUGGAGACCGAGGGGCGGAGCCAGGACGACCUGCUCGACGCCACCAGUCUCCUGGAGGGGGCGGGAAGCGUCGUCAGGGAAACUCAUGAGCCAAUGACAGACGGCUUCACCGACAAGGAGCUGAGCUCAACCUCUGUUGAGGGUGCAGUGGUGCAUUCUGGGAUAACAACCGGCGUGCUGAUUGUGUCCCCAUCCAACAUCAGCAGCACACUGACAGAUCCGAUUCUGGAGAACCAGGAAGGAUCCGACUGAGCUGGAGCUCCAUGGAGGACUGAUGAGGUCACUUCCUGUCUGUCCGUGACAAAGCUGCUGAAGCUGCUGCUGACGUCCUGCAGAAGACGUCCUGACGAAG